AAUCACCAGGUGGAGAUAGUCAAUCGACGGAAGAGUUUGGAUGAACGGAACAUAUGCGUUGGGUUAACAUCUUUUCAAUGUUUGGAAAACAGAUAAAGUUAUGGCUGGAGUUUUCGAUUUAGAAUUGCAUGAAGCCGACAACGUCCGAGAUGAAGGCUCGGACGACGAUGCUAUAGAUGUUGAUGAUCAAAAAAUGAAUGGUGAACCAGAUGUAAAUUUGAUUUUGAAUUGUGAUGAUAUUGAAAAAGUUCAGUUAUCUGAAUUAACAGUGAAUCCAGGUCAAGAAAAAACCAGUCCAAAAGAUUUUGAACUGUUAAAAGUUUUAGGUAAAGGUGGAUAUGGAAAGGUUUUUCAAGUUAGAAAAAUUACUGGAAAAGAUAAGGGAAAUAUUUUUGCUAUGAAAGUUUUAAAGAAAGCAACAAUAGUUAGGAAUCAAAAAGACACUGCACAUACAAAAGCAGAAAGAAAUAUAUUAGAAGCUGUAAAGCAUCCAUUUAUUGUAGAUCUUAUUUAUGCCUUUCAAACUGGAGGUAAAUUGUAUCUUAUCUUGGAAUAUUUAAGUGGUGGAGAAUUAUUUAUGCAUUUAGAAAGAGAAGGUAUUUUUUUAGAAGAUACAGCAUGCUUUUACUUAUCAGAAAUAGUAUUAGCAUUAGAACAUCUUCAUCAAGAAGGAAUUAUAUAUCGGGAUUUGAAACCUGAAAAUAUUUUAUUAGAUGCUCAAGGUCAUGUUAAAUUAACAGAUUUUGGAUUAUGCAAAGAGUCUAUACAAGAAGGAACAAUGACACACACAUUCUGUGGGACAAUUGAAUAUAUGGCUCCAGAAAUUCUUACAAGAAGUGGUCAUGGAAAGGCAGUUGAUUGGUGGAGUCUAGGUGCACUUAUGUAUGACAUGCUCACAGGAGCACCUCCAUUUACAGCAGAAAAUAGGAAGAAAACAAUAGAAAAGAUUCUUAAAUGUAAACUUAAUCUGCCACCCUACUUAACUCCAGAUGCAAGAGAUCUUAUUAGAAAGUUGCUCAAAAGACAAGUUAAUGUAAGGUUAGGUAGUAGCCCAGAAAAUGGCCAAGCAAUCAAAUGUCAUCCAUUCUUCAAACAUGUCAAUUGGGAUGAUGUUCUUGCCAGGCGUGUAGAACCUCCUAUCAAACCACAAUUGUCUGGUGAAGAUGAUGUGUCUCAAUUUGAUACAAAAUUUACUAAACAACCUGCAGUUGAUAGUCCUGAUGAUUCUCAUUUGAGUGAGAGUGCCAAUCAAGUGUUUGUAGGUUUUACAUAUGUGGCUCCAUCUGUUUUAGAAGAGUUACCUCGACCUUUAAUUCUUAGAGCAAGAUCACCAAGGAAAUUUUCUCAUAGCCCACGCUGGCCUUUCAGGUAAUUGGUUUAUUAUUUCUUUAUAUACAGUGUAA